UUACGCGAUGCCAAUCAACUGUACGAUGAGGGUCUUUUCCUAAACGAUCUGAACAUGCACGAUACAAGCCGAGAUGUUAUCCUUGCCGGAAACCAGCAAUCGGAGGAACUGAUGGAGCUAAUAGAGAAGGUAUGCAAUACGCCCUCUAAUCCUAUCUUUUUUAAUAUAAAGUAG